CUCCCACUGGUUCCUCCCCUCUCAACUGCUCUGGUUCUUAUAAAAACCUCACAGCCUUCCACUAACAUCCCGUAGGAGCCUCUCUCCCUACUGCUGCUACACAAGACCCUGAGACUGACCCGCAGGAAGAAACCAUGAAGAGCCUGAUCCUUCUUGCCAUCCUGGCCGCCUUAGCGGUAGUAACUCUGUGUUAUGAAUCACAUGAAAGCAUGGAAUCUUAUGAACUUAAUCCCUUCAUUAACAGGAGACAUGCAAAUACCUUCAUAUCCCCUCAGCAGAGAUGGAGAGCUAAAGUCCAAGAGAGGAUCCGAGAACGCUCUAAGCCUGUCCACGAGCUCAAUAGGGAAGCCUGUGAUGACUACAGACUUUGCGAACGCUACGCCAUGGUUUAUGGAUACAAUGCUGCCUAUAAUCGCUACUUCAGGAAGCGCCGAGGGGCCAAAUGAGAUUGGGGAAAGAAAAAAAAUCUCUUUUUUUCUGGAGGCUGGCACCUGAUUUUGUAUCCCCUUGUAGCAGCAUUACUGAAAUACAUAGACUUAUAUACAAUGCUUGUUUCCUGUAUAUUCUCUUGUCUGGCGGCACCCCUUUUUCCCGCCCCCAGAUUGAUAAGUAAUGAAAGUGCACUGCAGUGAGGGUCAAAGGAGAGUCAACGUAUGUGAUUGUUCCAUAAUAAACUUCUGCUGUGAUACUUUCA